ACUGUUCACCAAGAAAUUCAAACUUUUAUUUUUUAUACAAAACACAACCCCACAUCAGACACUGUCCUGUCGCUUGUUCUUCUUCUGCAACUUCUCGUUGCGUUGAGUUGAGUUGGGUUUUUUUUUGGGAUUAAAUGAUCGAAUGAAGUGUUAGAAAGAGUGGCAAAAGGAUGUUACGUUUAGUUCUUAAAGUUGUUUCUUUUUUGUUUUUGUUUACUUCAUUGGUUUCGUCUCUUAAUUCUGAUGGUCUUUCUCUUCUUGCUCUCAAGGCAGCUGUGGAAUCUGAUCCAACUCGAUGUCUUGAAAGUUGGUCCGAGUCUGAUGCAACCCCAUGUCACUGGUUAGGAAUCGGUUGUACUCGGAAACGAGUCACUUCGAUCUUUCUUCCGAACAAAGGGUUAACUGGUUAUAUCCCAUCGGAACUCGGUCUUCUCGACUCGUUGACUCGUCUUAGUCUUGCUCAAAACAAUUUCUCAAAACUGAUUCCGUAUCAUCUCUUCAAUGCCACAAACCUUGUCUAUAUUGACCUGUCUCAUAACUCGCUUUCUGGAUCAGUUCCUCCACAGAUAAAAUCACUUAAAAACUUAGCCCACCUUGACCUUUCCUCCAACUCACUCAAUGGGUCACUCCCUGAGUCACUCGUUGAGCUUAAAAGCUUGAGAGGGACCUUGAAUUUGUCUUUCAACAAGUUUUCAGGUGAAAUUCCAGCUUCUUAUGGAGAGUUUCCGGUUAUGAUAAGCUUGGAUCUGAGGCACAAUAAUUUAACAGGGAAAGUGCCUCAAGUUGGUUCUUUGGUGAACCAAGGUCCCACCGCAUUUACAGGAAACCCUAAUCUUUGUGGGUUUCCAUUAGGGAACCUUUGCCCUGAAGCUCAAAACCCUAGAGCUAUCUUAAACCCUGAAGAAAACCCAGAAAAUCCCCAAGGUUUAACCCCUGUUUUUUAUGAUGGGAAUGGAGAUAAACACAAGGAGAAAAUUGGGUCGGUGGCAGCUCCUUUGAUCUCCGGCGUUUCGGCGGUGAUCGGAGCGGUUUCAGUACUUGUUUGGUUGGUUCGGAGGAAAUGGAAAACCGGGGAGGACAAAAUGGGGAAAGAGAAAAAGAGGGAGGAGGUUGAAGAAGAAGGACAAAACGGUAAAUUCAUGGUGGUUGAUGAAGGGUUUGCCUUAGAAUUAGAGGAUUUGUUAAGGGCAUCCGCAUAUGUAGUGGGGAAAAGUAGGAGUGGUAUAGUGUAUAAAGUGGUGGCGGGGAGGGGAUCCGGCACGCUGGGGAGUACGGUUGUUGCCGUGAGGAGGUUGAGCGAGGGCGAUGCCCCAUUGAAGUUUAAAGAAUUCGAGGCCGAAGUAGAGGCUAUUGGGAGAGUUAAUCACCCCAAUAUUGUAAGGUUGAGAGCUUACUAUUAUGCUGAUGAUGAGAAAUUGCUGGUCACUGAUUUCAUCCGUAAUGGAAGCUUGUAUGCUGCACUACAUGGAGGACCAACCGAUAAUUUGCCACCACUUUCUUGGGCUGCAAGGUUGAGAGUUAUUCAAGGAACUGCAAGGGGUUUAAUGUACAUCCAUGAGUCCAGCCCUCGAAAGUACGCUCAUGGCAAUUUAAAAUCGACGAAAAUCCUUCUUGACAAUGAACUCCAGCCUUACAUCUCCGGGUUUGGACUCACUCGCCUUGUCUCUGGGACUUCGAAAUAUGCCAGUUUGAUAACCAAAAAGUUGAUCUCAACCCAAACUGUUGCAGUGGGUUCAAGAAUUUCAACUCCUAAUUCUUACCUGGCACCCGAGGCUCGAGUAUACGGUAGCAAGUUUACUCAGAAAUGCGAUGUGUACUCAUUCGGGAUUGUGCUAUUGGAGGUUUUAACCGGCCAACUUCCUGAUGCUGGACCAGAAAACGACGAGGAGGGAUUGGAAGGUCUUGUGAGGAAAGCAUUUCGAGAAGAGCGUCCCUUGUCUGAAAUCAUAGACUCGACACUUCUAACAGAAGUUUAUGCAAAAAAGCAAGUGGUUGCAGCAUUUCACAUUGCACUCAAUUGCACUGAACUUGAUCCGGAGUUGCGACCUAGGAUGAGAACGGUGUCGGAAAGUCUCGAUCGUAUCAAAUUGCAGUAAAAAAAAGUAUGUGCAGGACUUGUAAUUUGUGUGAAGUUUCCAUCUUUUUUGCUGGGAGAGCUGUUUUGGUGAGUGGAAUCUGUGGGAGCUGGAUCACUUUGGAUGUAGGACUUGUUAGAUUAAUUGUUGUAAUAAAGUGUCGUUUUCCUUUGAAUGUUUUUCGAUCAGCCUGUAUUUGAAUGCCGAUCAUCUCAUUUCCUAGAGGAUUUAGAUUUUUAAAGCAA